GUCUUCUGCUACUGGCGCUUCGUGUGGAUUAUGCUCACGCAGCCCCACGUAGGGGUUCAGCGGAGACGCCGGGCAGUAGGCCUGGCUGUGGUGACGCUUCUUAACUUUCUGGUGUGCUUCGGACCUUACAACUUGUCCCACCUGGUGGGGUUCUACUUGCGGCAGAGCCCCCCGUGGUGGGUGGAGGCUGUGGUCCUCAGCUCCCUCAAUGCCAGCCUGGACCCUCUGCUCUUCUAUUUCUCCUCCUCCGUGGUGCGCAGAGCGUUCGGGAAAGGUUGGCUACUGUUGCGCAACCCCGGCUCCUCGCUGCUGGCCAGAGGAGCUAAAGAGACCGUGGAGGGGACCAGGAUGGACAGGGGGGGGGCUCCCACCCCCAGGGUGUGGAAUACAGGCAUCACCACCUUGACUGCCCUAGAAAUAAUCUAUUAA